AUGGGUCAGAAGGACGAGGAUGACAACCACGCCCACGGUCUGUAUACCCAGCGGGAGCGCCAGCGUAUCUACCGGCAGGGAACCAGGUGCCAGAGAACUGCCAGAGCACACCAAGCUACGAGAGACAUGGUUUGCUGAUCAUGGCAUAGCAGACUCAUGCAGUCCUUAAGGCCCAUGAUCUCACGUACCGGGCUACACACAGUUUCUUCAAAUUGAAUUUAUGUGGCACAUGUGAUAGGGCGGAUUUUAUGUCAUCUCAGCUACUACGCCUGGUCCCGUGCCCUACCCCUGGCAGAUGAAGGCCAAAGAAUGCGGAAGUGGGACCAACUCUGUGCGUACUUUCCUUAUUACUUUAGAAUAUAGUGGGUGGGCUUGCACAAAAUCGCUCUCAUUCUCGUCCCAUAUCUCAACUGUUUCCAUGACAAGGCAGAGUAAAUGUGAUUGAGUACAGGUCUGAGCGCAGUGUUAGACCGAACACCAAGCUUCGGUUUUGGCGUCCCACAAUCGACACAGAUCAGAAUUCAGACACUCGGACCUCACACUGGUGAAAAUUACCCAAGGUCGCGUUAUAGCACCGUGGCAAUUAGAACUUAUGCACAAAGAGCCGAGCUAUCUCACCGGUUAAAAGGCUGCGAAGCCACGUCUUUUUGCACGUCAGAAAUGAGGACUUUCACGACGCUAUAUGUGGUGCGAGAUGCCGUUGACCGCCAUCAUUGUUUUCCUUACUUCCAUUCCUGUUCCCACUUUACUUAAUACUUCUACUAGUAGCAAGACGAGCAUUUUUCCGAUCAGAGCACAUUCCGACUUUGUGGACAUAACGCGGUUUCAGACUGAAGUUCACCUGAUUUUACACAGAUAAUUCCUUAAAGGUGAUGCCGAACCUAAGGGCUUUCUGAUGCAAUGAUUUUACUCCAAGUUUUCCACUAACUUCCAAUAAAAUCGCAAAACUGCAUAACAAUCUUCAUUGUUAGAUAUUAACUAAUUUUAUGCCAGUGAUCUCUUGGUUGACUAAUACGUGAGUGCUGUCGUCACUUGCGACUGAAUACAGUUGGCUGAGUUCCUUACUGUAUUUUGAAAAACAGCGUGUACCCGUCAUUUAUAACUGGUAGCUUACAUACUUGGCUCAACCAAUGGGAUAAAGUUUAUCGAAUAGGUGCACGGAAAAGUGUAACAAUGACUAGCCUAACAGCGCACCGGUUUGUGCACCUGAUAUGGAAAGCCAGACCAGGGCAAAGUGUGUCUCAUUACUAAGAUGUCAUUAAAAACGAAGUAACCGAGGUGAAGCAGCCGUUGCUUCUUAUUAGACAAGAUGCUCUCGCAUUCUGUGCUUGAACCGGAUCUCGAAUAACCUUCUUCCGCUUUUCGGGAAUUUGUUGGUUGAGGGCUGUGCCUUGUGCUAGUCCUUAAAAACAACUGCUGACCAGGUCCUUUGGUGGGCGCUAGUCGCUACUUAUCAAGGCACAUCAAGACUCGACGUAUCUUUCCAACAAAUUCAAUGCACUACGGUAGUUCGACCGUCUUUGCCGACGAAGAGCGUUCUAGUCACAGCCUGCGACAGGGUUAGUGUCUUGACAACUAUCCAUAUAUCGGUGAGGUUUGGUUCUGCAGCCUCACUUGAUUGAUAGCAUAUGGUUAGCUUACUAAAACAUUAUUCAUUAACAUACCUAAUUUAGCCACUCGCCGUAUUAGGAAGGGGGAAAAAUAGCAAACAGAGCUCGAAGCAGGCGCAAGGAAGCGCGUGAAGAUGGCGUUUACAUAUUCUCCCCGCGACACGGUCAUUCGCUGAACUGUUAGGGUAAGGUAGGUGCAAUCACAAAUGGAGGACCACGGAGGGAAUCGCGGGAUAAUUUGCAGUGCAUGGCCAUUAUAGUGGAACCGAUGGGGUUCUAAUCCGUCCGAACAAUCCCAUUAGCAAACCUAUUUGGCCACUCGCAGGAUUAGUAUAAUAAAGAGGACGCAAGCAGGGCUCGAAGCACACGCAGGGAAGCGCUUAUGGACUAUUACCUGAUGUAAACGAGGAUGGCGUAUAAGCACUUCUCCCCCGUGGCACAGUCACUCGUUGUAUUAAAAUGGCAAGGAAGAUGCAAAAACGGGAUAUUUGUAAAGUCAGAGUACUUGCAUCUACUAAGCUUGUUUUCGGAGGCUAACCAUAUGGUAUCAAGCAAGUAGGGCUGCAGAACCAAACCUCGACGAUAUAUAUACAUAUAUGUGUGUUCAUUGAAAUUUCGGUUCUGACCCUAAAAAGUCAUGUCCCGAUGAUUUAACUCCAAGUCUUGCACUGAUUAAUUUCUGAAAUUAUUCACCUGAUUAUUCUCUGGAGUUCAUAUACCAGAAACCGCUAGAGAACGCUGGGGGUCCCACUGAAGAGCCGAACCCCUCGCAACUGUGUCACGCAGCGGCAGAAUAUCGGCGAAACACGUGUCUGGGUUUUUAGCAAGUAUCUAUGUCGGGAGUACGGUAUAAUACAUUUAAUAUAUAUAUAUAUAUAUACAUAUAUAUAUAUGAAGAGAGAAGGCUCGUCGGAACAAUAGAGUUGUACUCGUGAAUUUUCGAGCUGGUGACACCAACCCGUCGUCAGACGAAAUAAAAAGAGGAGAAAGUGAAAUGGUCAGACAAAAUUGGUUGACGUGACAGGGCAGCCACUGACAGACAAGCAACUAAUGUAUGAAAUGCGGGUGGACACAUAAUUAGGCUAGGAUCUGUGGCGGGGGAGGGGGAACUGUUGCGGCUCCCUGUGUUGGAGGGUAGAGGGAUGAUGAUUCAAAGGGACUACGGACAGUGGACUUAAUGAUCGUCGAUCUGACAUGCGGGCAGAGGUCAGUGAGCCAACGUAGAGGUGUUAGGGAUUGCAGAUGCGGUUCACUUUGUCCGGGGUAGGGGAUGACGAAAUUUUGCGAUUAUACGUGACCCAGUGUUGUUUAGCGGCUGUUGUUAGGUCGUGGGCGCAGGUCAGUGAGCCGGACACGCAGACCUUCGUAAUGAGCAUCCAGAUCGACAUGGCGAUUGAUGCUGGUCGUGUUAGAGUGCCAGGCUUCGAGGAAUUCUCGGGCCUGUUUGGUGUUUGCCGUGGCAACAAAUUCAGUUCCUUCCCAAUUGAAGCGAUGAUCGCAUUCAAGGGCGUGCGUAAACACCAGUGACAAAGGGUCACGUCGGCGGAUGGCUAGCUUAUGUUCGUUUAUACGCGCCCCGAGUCGUCGGCCUGUAUGACCAACAUAGUCGCCAGAGCAGUUAGCACACGGAAUGCGGUAGAUGACAUUGGUUUGCUGCUCUUUGGGUAUAGGAUCUAUUACUCGAGAUAGCGUUGCGCGCAGGGAGGACGCUGGCUUGUGGGCAAUAAAGAUGCCAAACCGAUUUAGUUGUCGGGCGACCGCUUCGGAAAUGCCCUGCAUGUAGGGUAGAGAGAAGUAUUUCCGUAGUUCUGGUCCCUCAUUAGAACGAGCGCCUUGUGGUUGUCUCCGAUGUCUGAGACAAUUUUUCACAAAUCUAACCGGGUAUCCGUUGAGCCGGAAUAACCGAUACAGGAAAGCGAGUUCUUUCUUAAGUAGAUCAUCGCUGUUACAGUACCGAUGCGCCCGGUGGAAAAGGGUUCGGACACAGCUCCUUUUGUGAGCCGCCGGAUGGUUGCUCUCGUCGCGUGUGCAUUCCCUGGCCUCACCUGCAAAAACCCCUAUUACCACCGGUCUCGUAUUAGAGGUGACUGGGGUUUAUAUACAUCAGGUGGGGCUAUAUAACCACAUCCGACCAGAAUAUCUUGUCAAAUAAGUGCAGGAAAGUUACCGCAUGGGACAGCGGUGGCUGUGAUGCUGAUGAUGAUGAUGAUGAUGAUGAUGAUGAGGAGGAGGAGGAGGAGGAGGAGGAGGAGGAGAAGGAGGAGGAGGAGGGCGGCGGCAGCGGCGGCGGCGGCAACGACAAUUUCGACAAAGAUUAA